CAGUGCAAGUCUAGAAGUCAGACAUUUGCUAUUUAUGCACACUUUUUAUUUCUUCAGGUGUAUUUGCGCUUGGAUCAGCCUGUAACAGCUUUGAACCUUUUCAAGCAAGGGUUAGAUCGAUUUCCUGGAGAAGUGACUCUUAUUUGUGGAAUUGCCAGAAUCUACGAGGAGAUGAACAAUAUAUCCUCAGCUGCAGAGUACUAUAAAGACGUCUUGAAACAAGACAACACUCAUGUGGAAGCCAUUGCAUGCAUUGGCAGUAACCAUUUCUAUUCAGACCAGCCCGAGAUAGCUCUGCGGUUUUAUAGACGGCUCCUGCAGAUGGGUGUUUAUAACUGCCAGCUUUUUAACAAUCUGGGUCUCUGUUGCUUCUAUGCCCAGCAAUAUGAUAUGACACUAUCUUCAUUUGAACGUGCACUGUUUUUGGCUGAAAAUGAGGAGGAGACAGCAGAUGUGUGGUACAACUUGGGACACGUGGCUGUGGGAAUAGGAGACAUGAAUCUUGCUUACCAGUGUUUCAAGCUGACACUGGUGCACAAUAACGACUAUGCCGAAGCUUACAACAACUUGGCUGUGCUGGAAAUGCGAAAAGGUCACGUCGAACAGGCAAGAGCUUUGCUGCAGACUGCAUCAUCUUUAGCACCUCAUCUGUAUGAGCCCCAUUUCAACUUUGCAGUACUCUCAGAGAAGGUUGGAGAUCUUCAGAGGAGUUAUACAGCUGCUCAGAAGUCAGAAGAAGCAUUUCCAGGCCACGUUGAUACACAACAGCUCAUCCAGCAAUUAAAACAGCACUUUGCUAUGCUCUGAUAAGCCUGGGUUUUAUUAUGUAAAAACACUUGUCCAGAGCAAGCAUCCCAUACAUCUUUUCGAAAAUACUAGCUC